GUAUCUAAGCACGUCACGGCCGACAUGCCGCGCAGGCUCUUGCGCAGACUACACGUGGAGGAGAUAAGCAAGAAUGUCUACGCCUUCCCGGCGAUGACAGCUGACUUCUGCCGCAUCUUCCUCGAGGAGCUCACAUCCUUUUAUGCCUCCGGCCUCAAGUCUGCCAGGCCAAACUCCAUGAAUCGUUAUGGAGCAGUACUAGAAGAGAUGGGGCUGGCACUCGCAGUGGCUGACUUCCAGAGGCAGGUCCUCUUGCCGCUAGCCAGAGCGCUCUUCCCAAACAUCGGCGAUGAGUUGGAUGGCCAUCACGCCUUCGUGGUCCACUAUCGGCCAGAGGCGGGCCGUGGUGAUCAAGAUCUUCCACCGCACCGUGACGAUUCGGAGGUGACCUUCAACAUGGCUUUGGGACGAAGCUGGCGAGGCUGCCGUCUGAUAUUCUGCGGACUCAUGCAGGAGCCAGACGUGCACCAGCAUCAAAUCAGCUACGACUUCCCAGGCGCUGGAUGGGCGGUCUUACAUCUGGGCCGUCAGGUUCAUGCAGCUGAGAACAUUCUCCGUGGCGAGCGGACGAACCUGGUGAUCUGGAGCCGGAGCUGGGUCUGGCGCGUUGCAGGCGGCGACGGCCAGUUGACCACGUGGCCGCAC